AUGGACAACCUUUAUGAUGAUGAAGACUUGUGCACCGUCCCAUGGCCUGACGUUUAUUCUGACAACUGUCUUGAUGUUGAAGACGAUCAGUACUCAUUAGAGGGUGAUGGUGUGGAUCCCUAUGUUGAUGAAGUUAUCUAUGAGGAAGAUCAUGACUCACGGCAUAUCUGUGAAGAAGAAGAUGAUAUAUAUCAAGACAAUGUAUACAGAAAUGGUUACACAGAGCCUUCGUGUCUAUAUGAAAAUUGUCAAGAAGAAUUUAGACAAAAAAACAGGAAUGAAGAUAACAUACCAAAUAGAGGUGUCUCGAGCACCACAAUUGCAGAGAGAGUUGCGCAGAGAGUUGAACGUCUGGAUCAUGUGACACUCAACAUUGGUGUAACUGGAAAUACAGGAGCAGGAAAGUCCUCCUUUGUGAACGCCAUACGGGGUCUGAGCAACGAUGAUGAGGGAGCAGCGGAAACAGGAGUAACAGAGACCACAAUGGAGCCGACACCAUUCCCACAUCCCACAAUGCCAAAUGUCACUAUUUGGGAUCUGCCAGGUAUCGGUACUCCCAGAUUUAAAGCAAAGACAUACCUGUCUGAUGUGAAGUUUGACCGCUAUGACUUCUUCAUCAUUGUCACCUCAGAGAGAUUCAAAGAGAAUGACAUUAACCUGGCCAAAGCGAUCAAGAGGAAGAAAAAACGUUUUUAUUUCAUUCGCUCAAAGAUUGACAAUGAUAUCAAUGCAGAACACCAAAGAAGAGACUUCAACAAGGACACCGUGUUAUCUCGGAUCAGAGAGGACUGUAGGAAGAACUUGAAAGUUGUUGGAAACCCACAGGUGUUCCUCGUAAGCUCCUUCAGUUUGCAGGAAUAUGACUUCACUAGGUUCAUCGAUACACUGAGAAGAGAUCUCCCAGAGAAAAAGAAGCAGGCCCUCAUCCAGUCUCUGCCAGUCUACUCCAUGCAUGCUCUGGCAAGAAAGAAAAAGUAUUUUCAAAAGAUGAUAUCGCUCCAAGCCUUUGGUUCCUGUGCCGGUGCAAUACUGCCCAUUCCUGGUUUGACCCUGGCUGUGGACUAUGGCAUUGCAAAAUCAUUCUUCAGCAAAGUUUUCCGGUCGUUUGGCUUGGAUGAAAACUCCCUACAGCGCCUUGCAUCCCGUGUAAACAUGGACCAAGAGGAUCUGAAAAAUGUGCUGCAGUCACGGUUUAAAGGGGGAAUCAAAGAUGAAGUACUGAGGUCCUUUCUCCAAACUCCCACGAUGGCAUCGCUCAUGACAAUGAAAAUGGUGCUAUCAGCGUUUGUAGUUGCUGGGUCUCUACCUGCCGGGAUCAUCUCUGUGGGCAUGAUGCGUCAUAUACUGAACAAAGGACUGAAGGAGAUGGCCAAAGAUGCUGCUGCAAUGCUGGAAGCAGCGAUGCUUAAUCGAGUGUAAAUAAAUAAAUAGAAACUGCUGCACUGUAGAUCAUGGUGUGACUUACUGUGAAGGGACAGAUGAUGGCCUGAAUUUGCUGUGGUCUAACCAACGUUUGAUGUUUACAGAUACUUGACUGAAUAGCUUGUGAUUCCUGACAAUAAAGUUCAUUUAUAAA